GGAGAUGAUGGUGCAGUGUUGCAUCAACCGAACGUGGUGAUUGCUCAGACCUCAGACACUUCACCAGUCGCCAACUGAUGGUCGACUCGCGUAGUCGCACUGUCAAACAACUAUCGUUCCGAAUCAAACAUGUAACGUUUGAAAACGCGCGCGAAACUUUAAAUAUUUUAAAGAUUUUUUUAAUAAUUAAAGGAAUUUGUUACCAUGGAGUCCGAAAAGAAGACGGAAGAGGUGGUGGUUGUGGAGAAACCAAAUUAUAUGAUUAUGUCCUUGCAAAGGAUAUUCGUGUUGUUUGUUAUCUUUACUGGUGUUUUAAUUGUUGUGCGUUAUACACCAAUGCCAGAGGAAUACUUUGAGAAUUGCGAUCGAGAGUGUCAUGAACUGGAUUGGCCGAUGAUUUGCCGUGUAAAACUAGUCAUUGAAGUUUACAAAACUCUUAGCAAAUCUUGCGGUAGCUGUACGGAGAAAAAUGGCGGCGAUUGUCCGGCCAUGUGCAUAUCUGCAGAUGGUCGCGAGCGCGGCGUACUCACUGCCAACCGGGUGCUGCCUGCGCCGGCGCUGCACGUCUGCGAGAACGACAUCCUGGUCGUAGACGUGGUGCACCGAGCACCAGCUCACGCGCUGUCAAUCCACUGGCGCGGUCAACCACAGAAGGAAACGCCCUUCAUGGACGGAGCGCCCAUGCUCACCCAGUGCCCGCAACCUGCCUAUACCACAUUCCAAUACAAGUUCCGCGCUUCAUCUGUGGGCACGCACAUGUACCAUGCGCAUUCCGCUGCCGACGCAGCCGAUGGACUAGCUGGUGCUCUCGUCGUCAGACAAUCCCCGCGGCUCGACCCACUUCACGAACUAUACGACGUAGACUCCACAGACCACACCAUUUUCAUAGCUGAGUGGGGCCACUCAAUGGGCCCUUUGGCCGGCAUGAUGUCAAAUUUACCGAAUGCGGAAUCCCUUCUCAUCAAUGGUAAAGGAAAAACAACUGAAUCCGCGGACGCACCAUUAUCCAAAUUCAAAGUAGAGUACGGCAAACGUUAUCGUUUCCGUUUAGCAUACGGCGGUGGGUCCAAAAGUUGCUCGGUGAAAUUCUCAAUCGAUCAACAUGAUAUCAAACUUGUUGCCUUAGACGGACACCGAAUAGAACCGGAAAUCGUAAAAUCUAUCGAAUUGGGUAGAGGUGAACGUGCUGAUUUCGUUUUGGAUGCUAAAAAGGCGCCGGGUACAUACACGAUGAGAGUGAUAGCGGAUAAAGCAUGUCAAGGUGAUCUAGUAGGAGUAGCUGAACUCGUAUACGAUAAAGUUGACUCUAAAGUGUUGCAUAAGGAUGACGACGAGGCUUUCGUGGUAAAUCGCGAGUUUUCAACAGUGAAUUGUGAACAGUGCGCGACUGAAAAUAUGUUGUGUUUGAACGAGAUGCACGCAGCGGAGAAACUUCCGAAGGAGCUAACUGGGAAACUAGAUGACUUGAUUUACGUGCCAUUUAAUUACUCCACCAGACAGAUUUCAGCGAAACGCGUGGAGAGCUGGGGUCAGACGGACGGUCACCGGUUCACAUAUCCGGCGUCACCCCUACUCACCCAGGGUAGUGACGUCAAUCCCAGCUCGCUGUGCCACCAGGGCGAGGGGCAAGGCGACGAAUGCGUCCAUGUGAAGAACGUGCGGCUGGACUCCACUGUCGAGAUCAUCAUGUUCGACCAAGGCGGAGAAUCGGAUCACAUCUUUCACUUGCACGGCUAUAGUUUCUUCGUCGUCGGUAUUAAAGCGUUUAAUUCCAGCAAGACCCUCGACGAUAUAAAGAGAAUGGACGAAGAAGGUACACUGUUCAAUAGAAAUCUCAUUGAUCCCAUUUUGAAAGAUACUAUCGUUAUACCCAAAUUUGCAGCCGUAGCUCUUCGAUUUAAAGCUGAUAAUCCGGGCUACUGGAUGAUGCGGGAUGAAAGGUCGACUCACUGGACUAGAGGGCUAGACUUUAUACUUAAAGUGGGCGAAGAAAGAGAUUUCGUCCAAGCCCCAACGGAUUUCCCGAAAUGUGGGUCUUAUGUAGGACCUGAAUAUUUUUUGAUAUGAAUCCAGUUUAUUUGGUUAACUUGUUAUCGAACUGUCAAGGAUAGAUAAAGGUUAUAAAUAUUAUGACUAUGUGAUAGUAAAAUGUGAAAUAUAUAUGUCAAGUUCUCAAGUUUCAUACCUUUGGUGAGAUGAUUGAUGAUUUAACGAAUUUAAGGAAAUUCAACAUAACGGUUGUUUGCUAUGGAAAUUGUUAUUCGUUUCGUACUUUGCAUAUUGUGAUAUUUAUGAAUUGAUUUGGAAUCACAUAAUUUUAGGUUUUAAGUUUCUUAGAUAAUAUUGUGAUGGUGAUGUCUAUACUAAAUUUAAUUGAGUGAUAAAACAUUUGAUUGAAUUCAGAACAUUUUUAAAUAACCUAUGGUCAUUAUUUUUAAAUUAUUAUUUUGUUUGUAGGAGAAGUUGUUUUCAUAUACAACGAUUUAGUCGUAGUUGAUAAAUAAGUA